GAGGAAGAGGAGGGACAAAGGCGGAUCAAGGCUGAGCGGACGGAUCCACGGUCCGGAGCCCUGCCGAAUUCGCAGCCCCCACCUGUGGGAUCAUCGCCCCCCGCCCCAUCGGGCCGAGCAGGAGCUGAGCAUGGAGAGCAGGGAGGAGAAAUGCCCGCGGCAGGAGCUGGUGGAAGAGGCCGUUUUGAGCGGCUCCACGGCGCAGGAAGGCAACGGGGAGGAAAAGGCGCGGAGAUGCCGCACGAGGAGGGGCUGCAAAGGCAGCUGGCGGGGAUGUGAGGGGGAAAGAGGCGGCCUGGGCCGGGAAGGCGGCCGGAGAUGGAGCCAGAGCUCGGAGCUGGUGCUCCGUGAGCAGCUCCGUGAUGGGGAGAAGCCCCACACGUGCGGGGAGUGUGGGAAGAGCUUCAGAAGCAGCUCCAGCAUGAGCAAGCACCAGAGGAUCCACAGUGGGGAGAAGCCCUACGAGUGUGGGGAGUGUGGGAAGAGCUUCAGGUGGAACUGCGACCUCAUCAGCCACAAGAGGAGCCACACUGGGGAGAGACCCUUUGAGUGUGCGGAGUGUGGGAAGAGCUUCAGGUGGAACUGCGACUUGAUCAACCACCAGAGGAGCCACACUGGGGAACGGCCCUAUAUCUGUAGGGAGUGCGGGCAGAGCUUCACCCGGAGCUGCCACCUAAUCCAGCAUCAGGUGAUCCACACCGGGGAACGGGCCUUCGAGUGUUCCGUGUGUGGGAAGAGGUUUCAGACCAGCUUCUCUCUCCUCCGUCACUUUCAGUGUCACACAGACGAGAGGCCAUUCCAAUGCCCUGAGUGUGGGAAGGAAUUCAGGCACAAUUGCACCCUCAUCAAACACCGGCGCAUCCACACUGGGGAGAAGCCCUACGAGUGUCCCCUGUGUGGGAAGACCUUCUCACAGAGCUCUAAUUUGACCCGACACCAACGAAGGCAUCACAUGAGCAAGCACAAGAGGAUCCACAGUGGGGAGAAGCCCUACGAGUGUGGGGAGUGUGGGAAGAGCUUCAGGUGGAACUGCGAACUGAUCAAACACCAGAGGAUUCACACUGGGGAGAGGCCCUACGAGUGUGGGGAGUGUGGGAAGAGCUUCAGGCAGAGCUCCAGCCUGAUCAAGCACCAGAGGACCCACACUCGGGAGAAGCCCUAUGAGUGUGGGGAAUGUGGGAAGAGCUUCAGCCAGCGCAUCUAUCUCAUCAAGCACCAGAGGGCCCACACUGGAGAGAGGCCCUUCAAGUGUUCCGUGUGUGGCAAGAGGUUUUUGACCAGAUCCGAUCUCUUCCGCCACUAUCAGAGUCACACAGAUGAGUGGCCCUUCCAAUGCCCUGAGUGUGGGAAGGGAUACAGGCACAACUCCCACCUCAUCAGGCACCGGCGCAUCCACACUGGGGAGAGGCCCUACGAGUGUGAUAAAUGCAGGAAGAGGUUUCGGACCAGCUCUGAUCUCCUCCAGCACUAUCGGAUUCACUCAGAGGAGAGGCCCUUCCGCUGCCUCGACUGUGGGAAGGGAUUCAAGCAGAACUCCACCCUCAUCACCCACCGGCGCAUCCACACAGGGGAGAGGCCCUACGAGUGUCCCCAGUGUGGGAAGAGCUUCUCACAGGGCUCUAACUUGACCCAACACCAACGGCGGCACCGUGGGGAGAAGCCCUACGAGUGUGGGGAGUGUGGGAAGAGCUUCAGCCAGAGCUCCAGCCUGAUCAAGCACCAGAGGACCCACACUCGGGAGAAGCCCUAUGAGUGUGGGGAAUGUGGGAAGAGCUUCAGCCAGCGCAGCUAUCUCAUCAAGCACCAGAGGGCCCACACUGGAGAGAGGCCCUUCAAGUGUUCCGUGUGUGGCAAGAGGUUUUUGACCAGAUCCGAUCUCUUCCGCCACUAUCAGAGUCACACAGAUGAGAGGCCCUUCCAAUGCCCUGAGUGUGGGAAGGGAUACAGGCAGAAGUCCCACCUCAUCACGCACCGGCGCAUCCACACAGGGAAGAGGCCCUACGAGUGUGAUAAAUGCAGGAAGAGGUUUCGGACCAGCUCUGAACUCCUCGUGCACUAUCGGAUUCAUACAGAGGAGAGGCCCUUCCGCUGCCCCGACUGUGGGAAAGGAUUCAAGCAGAACUCCACCCUCGUCACCCACCGGCGCAUCCACACUGGGGAGAGGCCCUACGAGUGUCCCCAGUGUGGGAAGAGCUUCUCACAGAUCUCUACCUUGACUAGACACCAACGGAGGCAUGAUGGGGAGAAGCCCCACACGUGUGGGGAGUGUGGGAAGAGCUUCACAACGAACUGUUACCUGAUCAAUCACCAGAGGAUCCACACUGGGGAGAAGCCUCACGAGUGUGUGGAGUGUGGUCAGAGCUUCAGAUGGAGGUCGGCCCUGAUCAACCACCAGAGGAUCCACACUGGGGAGAGGCCCUAUGAGUGUGGGCAAUGUGGGAGGUGUUUCAUUCGGAGCUCCCACCUGCUCGAGCACCGGAGGAUCCACACUGGGGAAAGGCCCUACGAGUGUUCUGUGUGUGGGAUGCGCUACAGCCAGAGCUCCGCCCUCAACAAGCACCAGAGGAGCCACACUGGGGAGAGGGCUUUCGAGUGUUCCAAGUGUGGGAAGAGGUUUCCGAACAGCUCUAAUCUCCUCCGCCACUACCAGAGUCACACAGAGGAGAGACCCUUCCAAUGCCCUGAGUGUGGGAAGGGAUUCAGGCAGAAGUCCCACCUCAUCAUCCACCAGCGCAUCCACACAGGGGAGAGGCCCUACGAGUGUGAUAAAUGCAGGAAGAGGUUUCGGACCAGCGGCCAUCUCGUCCUGCACUAUCAGAUUCACAGAGAGGAGAGGCCCUUCCGCUGCCCCGACUGUGGGAAGGGAUUCAAGCGCAACAGCUACCUCGUCACCCACCGGCGCAUCCACACAGGGGAGAGGCCCUACGAGUGUGAUAAAUGCAGGAAGAGGUUUCGGACCAGCUCUGAACUCCUCCUGCACUAUCGGAUUCACUCAGAGGAGAGGCCCUUCCGCUGCCCCGACUGUGGGAAGGGAUUCAAGCAGAACUCCAACCUCGUCACCCACCGGCGCAUCCACACUGGGGAGAAGCCCUACGAGUGUCCCCAGUGUGGGAAGAGCUUCUCCAGACGCUCUCACUUGACCCAA